CGAGGCGCGGUCGAUGCUGAGGGAGAGGGGGUGAAACUGCGCGGCCUGGGGGCGGCGGAUGGGGAAGGGGAAGGCUGCCCCCGCCUGAGGGCACGGAGUCACUAGGAGACGGCCCUGCGCUCAUCUCAUGGCCGUCCUGCCAUGUGCUGUCAGCACUUGGUCGGGGUCCCUUCUGUGGUAGUGAACACUGAACUCAUUGACAGAAAUACUGAUAAACCCUCGGGAAAAACGGUCAAACGAACAGAAAAAAAGAUCAAACUAGAUCACUGUUGGGCAUAGAGCGUGCUUUCUUAAGCUUCUUCUAUACAUGUAUUUCAUAAACAGUAUGGUGAACUACACACUAGGUAGCUCUGCUUUGGGCCUGCUCUGGAGGGGUUGCUCAUCCAGUAAAUGCCGUCAGCUUCACAGGACACAAAAUGGUCGGCAGCGUGAAAGUAGAGGAGGAAAGGCAGGAAAGGCUGCUGCUGUUGUUAGAAGUGCUUUUCAACCAUGACGGUGAUGUGAAAGCAUAAGACAAAAGGUUAUUUUGAGGGAAGUUUCUCCAUAGAAUCCAAGUCAGUGGAGCAGGCAUAUGUUUAAAGAGGUUAAACAAUGCAAAUAUUGAAACUCCUUCAUACAGAGACAUCCCAGUCAGUGUCUCAGGAGGUGAGAGGGGGAGCAUACAUUCUUCAGUGACUCACUGUACAGCUCUCAAGGUAGGGUCUUUCUCACUGCUUACAAAUAGGACACUUUUAUCAACAGUGCGAGAUGCCUUCUUAUCGAAUAGCUGAAUGCUUAUGAGGCAGUAUAGUGCAGGCUAGUUGUGGUUUACACUCAUUAAAGCAUAAUUAUGGCUCAGGCCUAUUACAGUUUAAGCGCUACAAACACAUUACUGGUUCUAUCAUGCAUCAAAAAUGUUUUGACUACUAGGCUUAAGGGAACAUGUAAACCCAUCUUUGACAAACUGGCAUCAUCUGGGCUUUUCAGUUUUUGCUCUUUGGUUUAUAUCUGCUCUGGAUCUGUUUGGAGACUAAGGUUAGUUCACUUCAGAACUAAACUUCAAGAGCCAUGGAGGCCAGUGGGAGAUUUUCCAUUGACUUCAGUGAAUUGCUGAUCAGGUCUGAGGAGAUAAAUCCAUCUCUUUCAGAAGGCAGUAAGAGUUGGGGUGAUAAUGGGACCCAGCCUGAGUCUUUACCAAGUGAUCUGGGUGAAUGGGCUUGUGACACUCCGCAGACACAGUAAAUGGACAAAAUCUGCUUUCAGGGAAAGUUGCAAGAAUCUGUGAGUCACUCCUGAAGCACCAGGAAAUGCUGAAGGUGGGGCUGUGACUUGUACUGUGGUCAACAGAUGGAGAGAUGAGUGGGGAGAGGAUGACAGGUUUCGCUGGAGUAUUUGGCAAUCCAGCUCUUAAAUGAGAUUUAUUUUUUUUUCAAGUGGCUUCAAACUUGGCCACUUUUGGGUGUUCUCUUCUGAGGAUGACCAAAGGUUUGUCCUUAACAAAUAGGCCAUAUAUUAUGCCAAAGUGCCAAAAAACAAGUGCUACUGCUGUCUGCCCACAAAAUGAUGUUUGAAAACUUAUGAUGGUUGGUUGAGUCUGAUGAAGUUAUGAACAUGCAGAAACAGUCUUACACUCCAGAGCAUCAAGUCUGUUGUAAACUCAGACACUUCCUAUUAGGAUACUUGUGUAAUGUUUGUGUUCUUCUUGUUUUUUCAUUGCAGAUUCCACUGUUUACAUAAAAUGAAGCCUUGAAAAGACCACAGGAAGAGACAGAACUGCCAAAUUAUUGUAGUGUCUUGUCCACUAUGUGUUUCUGAAGAUGCCAGACCUUCACAAACCAACGUGUGCUUCUGCUCCAAUAACUGUACCAACGCUGACUUCUUUUUGAACAGCAUCACAUACAGAUAAGUGCUAUUUUUGCCCUGUUUCUGGAUUGUUUUGAAUACUGAAAGCUUAUAAAUGUAGCAGUGUUUGUUUUGCUGGAAUUGUCAUGCACACUGUAGGUGGAAAUUAGAGGCAGUGGCAACACCCAAAGGCCUGUCCUCACCUUAGAAGCCCACAGCUUGAUACUCCAUCAAGCUUCCAACCUUUGGCUGAAAGUAAGAGUGUCUGAGGCAAGCAGAGGUUGGUUCAGAGGUUCUUAAAACUAGACCUGGUGCAACCACAGGAGAGAAAUGCUCAUGUAAUUGACGUGUGUUCUAUUUGCAUCUUUGAGGAUUAUAGAAACCAACCUGUCUGAUACAUGUGGCAUCCUCACCUUUCUUCUAGGGCUUGGUCUUAGCUCCAGUGGGUGGGGUCACUAACAGACUCAUCAUCCCUCACUUUACUGCCCUGGAAACGCAUCUUCAUGACUCUUAUACCUACAGAGCAUAUAGAAGAUCUCUUAUCAGCAUUCAAAGCUGCUUAAAAUGCACAGCAUGAGAAGUAAAAACUGGAGUAAGUCUGUGUCCAGCCUGCUUUGUAGCUGAGAGGCGAGCAUAUUCAAAGCAGAUGGUUAUACAGGCCGAUAGCUGUUCUGUUUCUCAGUAUGGUGGCAGUACUUCCCUCGCAACCUGGAGGUGUCUGCCAUUAAAUUUCCAUGUGUUGGAUUUGUGUAUGUGCGCAGGCAAGCUAGAGUAGAUUUGUGGUAUGUCAGUCAGCUAAUGCACAAUAGGAGCCCAUGAAUGGAGUUAGACCUGGCAGUUUUCAGAACACAUCUAUUCCUCAAAGAAAACAGGGUCACAGCGUGCACACAGGCAGUUUCCAUGGAGCAGUGAACCUGCUAUAAAUCCCCACCCAGUCUUGCCUCAUUGCAACACGUAUGUGUAGUCAUACCCGUAGCAAAGGUGAACAAAUAGUCCCAUGAGACAGAAAAAUCAAAGCCCACAAACACCACAUAGCAAAGCACCGUGAGCCACAGAGAGCAGGGGGAAAGAAGUCAGGUGUGCCAUAGCUCACAGUGUGCAGUGAAACUGAAAUAAAUGGCUUUUCUGUUGAAACACCUUUCCUUUCCUAGUUUAUCCUGUAUUUGUUUGUUUAUUUAUUUCUGUCUCAGUUACCAUUAGCUGCUACCAAAGUCCAUCUGUUUUGCUUUGUACUUUAAUUUACAGCCCUUCUUAGUCAUUUUAUUGCUUUAAAUUCUGACCAAGAGAACUUUUACAACUUGUGAUUACUGAACUCAGGGAAACCAGAGCUUUUUGAGAUGGCACAGGGGGGUAAUUAUAGAGCCCAUUGCUUCUUGGGAGGGGCAUUCAAUGUUUAACAAACUGUGGCAAGUCUCAUUUAACCCUUUGGAGCCUGGACCAUUGGAUGGCAGUGAAAAAGCAAACGUCAGCGCUCUCCAGCUCACAACGUCAUUCACCUGUUUUUAGUCUUUUAAGUUUUGCUUUUCUGCUACUGAACCUGGGGCUGUUUCUUUCAUCGCAGCAUUGUGAGGAUAGGAACCGAAAUACUUGCGUAUGAAAACGUUUCUUUCCUUAAUUUGGAAAUUACUGCUGUGUUAUUGUUGAUUAAUCCUUUCAUAGUCUUCUGAGUGCCCUGCUGUCAAAAUAAAGUCUCUUGACAAAAGAGAAAUUAUACUCUCUUAAUUACCGCUAUUGUUUCAUAUUACAGGGGCUGUGGUCGUGGACAAAGAUUCAAUUGUGCUCAGCAGCAUAAAAACAGUAUAAAUAGAUACCUUGUGCUUGAAAGGGUUUGUGAUCUGAAUUAUGCAACCAGUAAACCGUGAGUUAAAGCUGAACUUAGGAACGGGGCACGAGAUCAGAAGGAUUUAUAGAGUUGGUCCGAUUACAGAAUCAUAAGCCAGCUAACUACAGUCUGAAGGCUCUCGCCUAUUCCUCAUCCACGCAGACAGCUGUUAGUUUAAGUAAUGGUGAACAAACCUUCAGAAAAAUACUAGGACUUUGUUUUGAAAGCACCGAACUUGUUCUGCGUGCUAUUUCCCUAGAUUAAAAGAUAGAUAUAUUUUCUGGGUAAUAACUUGCCCAGAUCUGUCACAAUAUUCUGUAUUAAUGUGCACAUAUUACAUAACAUUAAUGAGACCGUGCAUGUGUGUUGCUCUCUAGACGUGAAUGGGAAAUGUUCAGCUAACCAGAUUUUAUAUGAACAUUUUAUUUUAUUUAAGUAAAAGCUCUGGAAGUUGUAUCAAUUCAGCUACAUUUCAUCAGUAGGCUCUUGGAAGCCUGGUGUUUGCUUGUUGGUCCUGAGUGGAAAGAGGGGAAUCCCUACAAACUGAAAAGCUUGCAUUUUCCAAUGCAAAUGUCUCCACACGCGCAAUGUGUUGGGAGCUGUGGCCAACACACACCUGCUCUUCUGCACCUGUGUCUCAUGAAGCCUGCUGCUCUGCAGCUGGAAGAGAUGGCUCUGGGUCAUGGCAGUACAGAGCAGUCUGGUUCAUUAGGGCUCUUUGCACAAUACAGGAUGAAGAAACUGCAAGAGCGCAACUGGGUAAUGAAUACCCACGCUUAUUAAAUGCUCACUAAUGUGCAAAUACGCAACUUCCAGUGGCUGUGAAAAGUUAAAAUGUCGUGGGAGACAUCUGGAGGUUCAAAACAAAGAAACAAAAAGGAAUCGCUAUACAGAGUACUGCGCGCUUCACAUUCUUUCCCCUUAAAGUAAACAUGAACUUAAGAGCUGGGAGCUGCCAAUGUUGAGAGAUGCAGCGUUUGUCCCUCACUUGCCUUGCUGUGACACCAUGGUGAGGACCUACCAUAGGUUUAUUUUGGCAAUUAAUUGGAACUCUUGAGGAACCUCUGCUUGCCGCAAUGAGACACAGCCUGGUGUGUCACACGCCUCCUGCUGCUCACCUAAAGCCCAGCGCCUCCAGGACCCAGCAGCAAAAAAAGCCGGUCAGAGCGAAGCGGCUUUCGUCCAGAAACCGUCGAGAAAUGUGUGAGAAAAGGGUUCCGAAAGGCACCUCUGGACACCCAGCGGCGUCGUGUCUCGUUAUUCAGCGUCAGGAAAUGACGGCUUUCUUUAAGCUCUUCGAUGAUGAUCUAAUUCAAGACUUUCUAUGGAUGGAUUGCUGCUGUAAAAUUGCAGACAAGUAUCUUUUGGCAAUGACAUUUGUUUACUUCAAGAGGGCUAACUUCACAACGGAGGAGCACACCAGGCUCAACUUCUUUGUUGCUCUGUAUCUGGCAAAUAACGUGGAAGAAGACAAUGAAGAAUCAAAGUAUGAGAUUUUCCCGUGGGCUCUGGGAAAAAACUGGAGAAAGCUAUUUCCUGAUUUCUUAAAGUUAAGAGAUCAUCUAUGGAGUAGAAUUGACUACAGGGCUAUUGUAAGCAGACGUUGCUGUGAAGAGGUUAUGGCUAUUGCUCCAACACAUUACAUAUGGCAGCGAGAACGUUCUGUGUACCACAGCGGAGCCAUAAGGAACUACAACAAAGAUGAAGCUCAGCUGCCACGAGGACCUAAUAAUUCUCCUAUCCCCUGUUACCUCUGCGGUAAGAAAGGAAGAUUCGUACGACUGGGAUUGUCAUCAUCUUCCUCCUCAUCCACUAGCAGUGUAGAGGUGGCAGAGUUGUGUUCACCCCAGGAUUUGAAGGACACCUUUGCAACUGAAAAAAUGCUAGUUGACUCUCCUGCUUCUUCUGCCCAAGACUGUCAGAGCCUGUCCAGCAAAAGGAGAAGAGAUAACACCUUGAACCAAGACAAAUCCAUGGAUUGGUUUAUGAGCAAUGAAGAAUGAAAUGCACUGAACAAAGAAACAGAUGCUGUGCUUUGCAGAACUAUGUGUGUUGCACUGCAGUGCCAUAUGUGAUGACUGUUAAAACAUUACCCUUUAAAUAGCGAGUAGGAUUUAAGAGUCUGAUGCAGUAGAAAUCAAAGCAGGAAUUACCUAGAAGUCACAAAACUUGCAAAACAGAGCUAUUUUGGAACCCUUUAUUCUGAUACAACGCUCAGAUUAGCAGCUGACAGCAGCAGCAUCAAGAAAGCGGUGGUUGAAACUUUCUCAGCUUGGUGAGGAAUGCUAAGUGAAAAACAAAACAUUUCAAGAUUCAAUUUUUAGUUUAUUAUAAUUUUCAUGAUGUUGUGAGAUAGUAACAUGACAUCGCUAUUUUUGUAAGUCGAAUAUUUUAAGAUAAAACAUUAACAAUAAAAGCCUUUUUCAAGUA